AUGUCAAUGUUCAGGUCCGCAGCAGAAAUUUCAUCAUCCGACCCAGAUUCAGACUCGGAUGAGGGAGAGUACAGUGGGCAACAAACGCCCAACCCCAACGGCGGUGGGACCUCUGGGCCUCGAAGCACUGGCAAAGGCAAAGGGAAGGCAUCUGUGAAUUUGUCAAGCAGCCUGGACUCAACCAGUGAAAUAGAUUCCUCAAUCUCUCGAGAUGAUAUAUCUGCCUUGUCACAAGACGCCCUAGGCUCAAAUGUGGAGCGCCAUGCAAAUUUCAUGACAGCCGCCCUGCUGGAGUUCUACUGUCAAAGUCGAGCGGCAGACAUUCUCAAUGCGCAGAAAGGCUCCAGCAAAGGGUUCACUCGACAUUGUCCGGAGGCACAAUAUCUCGGCAAGAAGCUGUACAAGUACAAAUCCCAAUUUCUCGCAUCGCACGGCGUACUAGCAGAUGGCAUUGAAAAGGAAGAGCUGGACGGAACAAGACAGACCUACCGCGAUAACUUGGACUUGCUUGGGCUCUCCGCUCUAGAAGACCUGAAUUUGAAUGAGACUCAGCCACCAACACCGAUUGAAGGCAGUGAAGAGCUUGCUCUGGUAUCGAAAAACUUUUGGGCUCAGCAGGGAGUCAGUGUGACAGAAAGCAAUGCUCAUUUCUGGAAGGUACCCGGCGAGGAUGGGCCUUUCCGUAAGGAGAUGCCUACGACCAGCAAUUUCAACGUUCUCGAAGGUAUCCCCAUCGGCGCACCUAGCCUGCCUGCGCCAUCGAGGCCGUUGUUUGGAAGCUCACCAGUGAGUAUGCCUCUAUUCAACGGACCCGCCAUGCCUCCAUACAACAACAUGUCACGUUACUCAGUCGAGUUCACCGAACUCAAAGUUCUCGGCCGUGGAUCCUUCGGGGAGGUGUAUCAUGUCACCAAUCAUAUUGACGGACAAGAUUACGCUGUCAAGAAGAUUCCUCUUAGCCAGAGGCGCCUCGAUCAGCUACAGUACGGUGGCCAGAACCAGCUGGAAACCAUCAUGAAAGAGAUUCGGACACUUGCUCGACUUGAGCACACAAAUAUUGUUCGAUACUAUGGUGCAUGGGUCGAGCAGGCGCAUGUCUCGGGUCGUGGACACUUCGAGCCACAAGCGCACACCAGAUACGAAGCGCCACAUAUUGACAUGCCAGGCCAUGAAUCAACCAAUGAACCCAGCAUGGGCAUCGUAUUCGAGCAUUCUGAGAGCUCAGUAGUAGAGUCACAUGCUAGUAGUUCUUUGCCCGAUGAACAUGGAUUUUCCACUCGCAUCUCGCGUUGGGACAGCCAAGCAACAUCAUCGUCUCGACGUUCAAAAAAGAGCUCUGGAACAGGACUUGAAGAUGACGACGAUAUCGAGUCCAUUCCUAGAAACUUUCACAAUCGUUCCUAUGGUCAGACCUCAACAUUUGGCGAAACGGAUGACAUCUUCACCGACGGUUUGAGCCAGGAUCAGUCGAGAUUCCAAGUUCAACGACAGAAUCGUUUUGGCCAACAAGCACCCGCUGUCAUUCUUCACAUCCAAAUGUCUCUUCACCCGAUUUCUCUCAGCUCUUAUCUAAAUCCACAGUCAGCCGAGAAAGCCAAUGCCGGUAAUGGCACCCCCUCACGACGUCAUUGUUUCCAUUUGAUGCCGUCACUAAGACUGAUGCUGGAAAUUAUCUCGGGUGUUGAGUAUCUGCACUCUAAAGGAAUCGUCCAUCGUGAUCUCAAGCCAGCGAAUAUCUUCCUAUGUGCGCCAGAGAACACCACGUUGGAUAUCUGCGCCACCUGCAACUCUGAACCUACCUCGCCUACGCAUUUCUGCCGUCCACGCAUUGGUGAUUUUGGCCUGGUUGCAGAUAUUUCGCACUUGGAUGAGUCUACUGCAGAGAACGCCAUCACACCAUAUCAUGAAGGCCCCAAGAUACAGCAAGUUGUUGGCACCGAGUUCUACCGACCACCCGCAAAUUCAAGCACGUCAGAUCCCUCGGAUUAUUUUGAUGAGUACAAGAUUGAUGAAAAGCUCGAUGUGUAUGCCUUAGGUGUGAUAUUGUUUGAGCUUCUCUAUCGCUUAAAUACAAAGAUGGAACGACAGAUGGUGUUGAAUGAUCUUACCCGACGAGCAAGUACUUUCCCGACAGACUUUGCGGUCAAGAUCGACCAUUGUGAGACGGAACUUCCGACAGGCCUUACUAUCGCUGAAACCAUCAUGAAUUGUAUCAGGGGAAUGUUGGAUCCACAAUCGCAGCGGCGAUGGAGCCUCCACGAAGUCAAGGAGCACCUGCGCCCGAUCUACAAGUGUAUCAAACACCUGUAA